AUGUGUCUGUACCCUAAACGUGAAGGCGACUGGCUGUUCGCAGUCGGUGUUUGCGUAGACGACCUACUGGCGACGGGUACGAGAGUCGCGGCGAUCGAGAGUUUCUUCGAGAUCCUGGCGUCGCUGUCUGUUAAGGAUCUCGGUCACGUCCAUAAAUUUUUGGGGAUGCGAGUGGAGCUCGGAAGUGACUGA